UUGUUUAAUAGAUUGAUAAUUGCACUUGUAUUAUAGUUGUAUAUCUCAAUUAGAUUAACCAGGUCACCUUAUAUCAUAAAACGAAUUUUACGAGUAUAAUAACAUAUUUUCAGUUUAAUUGUAAAAAAAAAAAUCUGUUCCUUUUAGGUUAAGUUAUUUGGAAUUUGACACUCCUUUCUUCCAAGUUGUUUUAUUUUAAAAAAAAAAAAAAUUCAAUCAAAAAACAAAUUUACAACAUUACAGUUUGGACUAACAUGGCAAUUGGGCAGGUGGACAUUAUCCAUUAGUUCAUCACACAAUCAAACCAUCAAAAGCCCAUAAAUAUCAACUAAUGGAUAAUGUCCAUAAUAUCCAAAUUUUCAGCCCACUAAUAUAUGGGCUAGGGCACACAACACAAGCCCAUAAAAAAGCCCACAAAACUCCCCGCGAAAAUAAGCUUACAUUGGCGGUAAAACACCUUCCCGCCAUAAAACCCUACUCCCCUCUUCUCCCUCUUAUACCCCCCAAUCUCCCUCCAUUUUUUCCCACUCAUUCUCACUCUCUCUCUCCUCAUUCUCCCUCCUCAAAUCCCUCUAAUUUCUUCAUUUUCUUGCUUCUUAGUUCAUCAAUGGAGCCCUCUGAACAGCCAUUGAUGAUCCCCUUCAAGUCAAAGAAGCCAUUGCUCGCUACUCCAAAAAAGAAGAGUAUUAUUACCUCGAAAGCCGACGGUCCUGCUAUCGCUACCCCGGAACGAGCUAAUCCGAAGCCGGUUACUCGGAUCCGUAAUCAGAAGUUCGCGCUAUCGGUUUCCGAGGUUCGAAGAACUGCUCUUCAGCUGCAGAAAUCUAACAAUGUUGGGUCGGAUCUUAGUAAGGUGGUGCCGGAGAAGGUGGUCGGAAGUGGGAUUGGUCAGAAAUCUAAGGGAUCCCAGAAAUCUCCUGCAUCUUUGCCCCAAAAGUAUGAGAUCCUAUGUGACUUUUUCAAUUCAAUGGUUGGUUCAAUUCGGCUACUCCGGUUGAGAAGACAGCAACCAACCUUUACUAAGCUUGCUAAGAGUAUCGAGUCAUUGACAGACAGGAGGUUCACACUACAUCACUUGGCUCAAUUGAAGCACAUAAUGCCAGAGGUUAUUGUGGCGAAGAAACUCCGUGUUCAAGAUGAUGAAACAAAAUGUAUGAUGGAGGAUCUUCUUUUGUCUCUAGAGGUGGUUGCAUUGGAAACUGACAAGAAUGCUAAAGGUGGUAGUGGGUUUUCACAAUUGAAAGAUAUCUUUCGAUCACGAAUGCUUGACUAUUACAAAUCUCAUCAUGAGGAUGAGGAAGAUGUUCCUGAAGGAGAAUUACCGCAUCUAUUCCAUCAGCCAAAGCAGGAACCUGUGCAAAACGUGAUUAAAAACCCUGCACCAUUGACUGCAUCACUUACCGGUCCCUCAUUUAAGAGGCGGUUCUCAUCUAGGCCUCUUGGUACUCCAGUUCUGGAUUCCAUGGCUGAUAAGCCAUCAUCCAGCUUGUCUGAAACCGGAACCAAGGAAUCCUCAUCUGCUGAGGCUAAUGAUGUGGAUUCUAACACUGUAGUUGAAGCUGAUGCAGCAACUUUUGAUGCUGCUUCAACACCUGCCAAACAUGCUUCAAUAUCUAUGAAAUUUGCUUCAACACCUGCAGAGCUUGCUUCAACUCCUGCAAGGCUGAUGGCAGCCACACCUUCAAUACGCCCUCCAAAACGUACUCUCAUGACCCCAGAUCAUGAUACUAGUGAAUUACCCAACAAAUCAGCUAAACGUAGGUCCUUGAACUUUGAUGAAAGCAAUGUUGAUAUUGAUGAGAGUAUUGCUCCUACACAAGGGUCCAAUCUUUCCAAGGAUGAUGUCCUGGAUAUACUUCCGGAAGGCCUUUUACAGUCGUUGAUGGAGAAAGAACAGAAAAUCUUAGAAGAGAACAACCCAAUCCUCUUACAAGCAAAGAGGCGGCAACAGUUGAUGGCGGGUGUACCUAAGCUCUUUGACAUGAUUCUCCUCUUAUUCAAGUCUAUCAAUCGAUCAGUUGUCACAAAAGAGGAGCUUAUUUACAAAUUAAUUGCUGGUCAUUUGGAUGUAGUUGAUAGAACCGAGAUUGAAGAACAACUUAAGUUGCUACAAGAAGUUGCACCAGAAUACAUAUCUGAGCAGCUGAGCCUCAGUGGGGAUACUCUUCUACGGCUCAACAAAUCUUCAUGUCAUGAAUCAAUACGUACCAAGCUGUUCGAAGCAAAAUGAGAUUAGAAGGCUUCCAUAAUCUGACAACAUGAAAACGUAAAUGAGCUUUAUUAGAUUUUUGUAAGUUAAUCCAGUAGAAAGGCAAGUGGAUGAACCAAUUGAGGCUUCAGCCAUGCUGCAUUUUGUACAUGUGUAGUGUAAUAGUGAUUGAUUUCUUAGCUGAUCUCUUAGUCUAAUUUAGUGAUUUGUAUAGAGAUUUUCCAAUAUAUCAUGACGGAAUCCAUUGAUUAUA